GAUUUGUUGUCAGAGUAGUGUGCUCGGCUUUUUUGAACGAAUCGAAACAAGCGAGAAUCAAUUGAUUAGUGGACGAACAGACAAGACGUACCUCCCCCAUUGGAAUAGAAUUAUAUUGCCACUCAGGAUAAAUAGAGUCGUUUGAAAAGAUGUCUGACGUUAAGAUUGAUACCAAUAUCUUCCAUAAGAGAUUGUCCAUUUUGCAGAAGAACUUGACUGCCGACAGUAGCAAGUAUUCAAGUCUUCUCUUUUUAGUUGGAGCCAGAGAUGAUGAAAGUACUUAUAAGAAAUCUACUGUUUUACAAAUUUGGUUAUUGGGGUAUGAGUUUGCCCAUACCUCCAUGCUUAUUACUCAGGAUAAAUGUUUUAUAAUUACUUCUGAGGGUAAGGCCAAAUAUUUGAAGCAAUUACCAAAUAAACCAACCAAUAACUCGAGCGAUGUUGAAAUUUGGACUAGAACAAAAGACGCCGAAAAGAACAAACAAUUGUUUAAAGAUUUGAUUGGGAAAUUAAAAGAAGUUGGCAGUGAAGAGCAAAAAAUCGGUACCAUAAUAAAAGAUCAAUAUAAAGGAAAAUUCAUCGACGAAUGGAAUGAGGUUUCAAAAGAGGAUAAUUUACAAUACCUUGAUGCCUCACUUCUCGUUUCCAAGUCAUUGGAAUUGAAGGAUUCGGACGAGUUCAAUAAUACCAAGACAGCAGCAAAGUCAUCGGUAGUUAUGAUGGAUACUUUUGCUAAUGAAAUGAUGGUUGUUGUUGAUGAAGAAUUGAAAACUAAAAAUUCUGAUCUUUCCGAUAAAAUUGAAGGUAAGAUUGAUAAUAAUAAAUGGUUUACCAAAAAUAAUUUGGGUAAAAAAUUAUUACAAAGUGAUAAAGAUUUCGAUCCGGAUUUAGUUGAUUGGUGCUAUUCUCCUAUCAUUCAAAGUGGCGGUGAGUAUGAUUUGAAACCAAGUGCCUUGUCAAAUGAUAAACAAUUGGUUGGUGAUGGUGUCAUAUUAGCUUCAAUCGGUUUACGUUAUAAGUUGUAUUGUUCAAACGUUGGUAGAACUUUUUUAAUUGAUCCAACUCCUAAAAUUGAAGAUAAUUAUGAAUUUCUUUUAAAAUUACAAGAUCAUAUAACCAAAAAUCUCUUGAAAGACGGUAAAGUUGCCAGUGAGGUUUAUCAAGGUGCCAUUGAUUUCGUCAAAAAAGAAAGACCGGAUUUGCUUGAUCAUUUCACCAAAAAUGUAGGUUGGCUUACCGGUAUUGAAUUUAGAGAUUCCUCUUUAGUUUUGAAUGGUAAGAACGACAGAAAACUAAUCAAUGGUCAAAUUAUUUCUUUGACUAUUGGUUUCAACAAUUUAGCUAAUGAAAAGGCCAAAGAUCCAAAAUUAAAAAAUUAUUCCUUAUUACUUACCGAUACUUAUAAAGUUAGUGAAUCAGAAGCCAUUUUAUUAACCACAUAUACUAAGAGCAGAUCGGAAAUAUCAUUUUAUUUCAAAGACGAUUCUCAAGAUGUUAAAAAAGAAAAUGGGAAAGAUGAUAAUGAUAAAAAAUUAAAAUCAGAAAAAGAUAUUAAAAUUGGUAAAGACUUAGCAGCAAAUGAAGCAAAUUCAAAAAUAUUAAAAUCUAAAUUAAGACAUGAAUCUAGUGCAGCAGAUGAUAAUAAUAAUGCCGAAAAAAUUCGUCAAGAAAUGCAAUCUAAAUUACAUGAAAAAAGACAAGCUGAAGGUUUAGCAAGAUUUUCAAAAGCUGAUGCCACCGAUGCAUCAGAUUAUAAACCAAUUUUCAAAAAAUAUGAAUCAUACUCAAGAGAAUCUCAAAUUCCAAAUUAUGUUCGUGAUUUAAAAAUUCAUGUUGAUCCUAAAAAUCAAACUAUUAUCUUACCAAUUUGUGGUAAACCAGUUCCAUUUCAUAUUAAUUCUUUUAAGAAUGGAUCUCAAAAUGAAGAAGGGGAUUAUACAUACUUGAGAUUAAAUUUUAAUUCACCAGGUGCUGGUGGUAACACUUCAAAACGUACUGAAUUACCAUAUGAAGAUUCUCCAGAUAAUCAAUUUGUAAGAUCAAUUACGUUGAGAUCUCGUGAUCGUCAAAGAAUGAUUGAUGUUUACAAAGCAAUUCAAGAUUUAAAGAAGGAUUCGGUUAAGAGAGAAAGUGAAAAGAAACAAAUGGCUGAUGUUGUUAGUCAAGCCAACUUAGUUGAAUUAAAAGGAUCAAAAGUUAAAAAACUCGAUCAAGUAUUUAUAAGACCUCAACCAGAUACUAAAAAAGUUGGAGGGGUAUUGCAAAUUCAUGAAAAUGGGUUAAGAUAUCAAUCUUCAUUUAGAUCCGAUCAAAAAGUUGAUAUUAUAUUCUCCAAUAUUAAACAUUUAUUCUUCCAACCAUGUAAAGAUGAAUUAAUUGUUAUUAUCCAUUGUCAUUUAAAGAGUCCAAUAAUGAUUGGUAAAAAGAAGACUUUUGAUGUUCAAUUUUAUCGUGAAGCAAGUGAUAUGGCUUUCGAUGAAACCGGAGGUCGUAAAAGAAGAUACAGAUAUGGUGAUGAAGAUGAAUUGCAACAAGAACAAGAAGAAAGAAGACGUAAAGCUCUUUUAGAUAAAGAAUUCAAAGCCUUUGCUGAAACAAUUAGUGAUGCUUCUAAUGGAUUAGUUGAUUUAGAUAUUCCUUUCAGAGAAUUAGGAUUCCAAGGUGUACCAUUUAGGUCUUCAGUCUUGUGUAUGCCUACCCGUGAUUGUUUAAUCCAAUUAAUUGAUCCACCAUAUUUGGUUGUUACUUUGGAAGAAAUUGAAAUUGCUCAUUUAGAAAGAGUUCAAUUUGGAUUGAAAAAUUUUGAUUUAGUAUUUGUAUUCAAAGAUUUUAAUAGACCAGUGGUCCAUAUCAAUACUAUUCCAAUGGAGUUAUUGGAAGAUGUUAAGUCUUGGUUAACCGACGUGGAUAUUCCUUUAAGUGAAGGUCAAAUGAACUUGAACUGGGGUACAAUUAUGAAAACCGUUCAAUCAGACCCUUACCAAUUCUUUGCCGAUGGUGGUUGGAGUUUCUUAACUGGUGAAGGUGAUUCUGAUGCCAGUGAUGAAGAAGAAGAAGAAAGUGAGUUCGAAGUAAGUGACGAAGAUCCUAGUGACGAAGAAGUUGAAAGUGAACAAGAUUCGGAAGAUGACUAUUCCUCCGGUGGUGGUUCAGAUGAAAGUGAUGCCAGUGCUGACGAAAGUGAUGAAGGUGAAGACUGGGACGAAAUGGAAAGAAAGGCUGCUCGUGAAGACAAGAGAGCCGGCAGAGAGUAAUCUGUUGUAUUUUGUAGUUGUUAAUAGUAUUAUAAUCAAAGCUUUACUUUA